GGGCCCGCGCCCGGCCGCCGCCCGCGAUGCUGCUCUCCAAGUUCGGUUCCUUGGCGCACUUGUGCGGACCAGGCGGCGUGGAUCAUCUCCCGGUGAAAAUCCUGCAGCCGGUGGCCGUGAAGCACGUGGUGAAGGAGCGGGUGACCGAGUGGGGCAGCAUCGCCGGCGCGGCUGUGCCCCUGGAGGUGGUGCUGCUACGCAAGGUGGGCGCGGCCGGAGGCGCGCGCGGGGUCAUUCGCCUGCUGGACUGGUUCGAGCGGUCCGACGGCUUCCUGCUGGUGCUGGAGCGGCCCGAGCCGGCGCAAGAUCUCUUCGACGUCAUCACGGAGCGGGGCGCGCUCGACGAGGCCCUGGCGCGCCGCUUCUUCGGGCAGGUGCUGGCCGCCGUGCGCCACUGCCACGGCUGCGGUGUCGUGCACCGCGACAUCAAGGACGAGAACCUGCUGGUGGAUCUGCGCUCGGGCGAGCUCAAGCUCAUCGAUUUCGGCUCGGGCGCGCUGCUCCGCGACACGGUCUACACCGACUUCGACGGCACCCGCGUGUACAGCCCCCCGGAGUGGAUCCGCUACCACCGCUACCACGGGCGCUCAGCCACUGUGUGGUCUCUGGGCGUGCUGCUCUAUGACAUGGUCUGCGGGGACAUUCCCUUCGAACAGGACGAGGAGAUUCUCCGGGGCCGCCUCUUCUUCCGCAGGAGGGUCUCCCCAGAGUGCCAGCAGCUCAUUCAGUGGUGUCUGUCCCUGCGGCCCUCUGAGAGGCCCUCGCUGGACCAGAUCUCUGCCCACCCCUGGAUGCUGGGGGCUGAGGGGGGCACCCCGGAGAGCUGUGAUCUGCGGCUUUGCGCCCUGGACACGGACGAUGGGGCCAGCACCACGUCCAGCAGCGAGAGCUUGUGAGCAGGCCUUGCACCUGGCCGUGGGAACCAGAGGGGACCCCUGCCCUAUCCCCGGGCCCUGCGCUGGACCGGCUCUGCCGGGCUGUCUGCUCCUUGCGAAAGCAGUGAUCUCUGACCCCUGGUGACUUUUGCCUUUGGCACCGGCCCGGUUCCUUUGCUUUGAGUGCCUUUUCGAACGCUGCUCUCACGGGACUUAGUUUUCUCAAGCUCUGUCUGUCCAAAGACACUCCGGUCCAAGCCAGGUCCCGCCUGCCCACCGCCGGCGCUUGACCCGAGACCGUCCCUCUCCUGUGCUGCUCCGGAGGUGGCCCUGACCUCCCCGCCCCUCCGCGUGUGACGUGUUGGACCAGGAGCACUCCUGAGUCCUGUGGCCUCGUCUCACAUGGGCACAGGGUCCCUCAUCAUGCCCCCCCGC